AUGGAAAAAACUGAAAAUGUUAUCGAACCAGUUGAACAAGAACAAAAAGACAAAGUCAUCAUACAAGAACAACCAAAAAUACCAGUGAAUGAAGUAAAAAUUGAACCGCUACCAUCAACAGAAGGGCCAGAGCUACAGCGUCUUCGUGGUGGCGGUGGUAUAGGACAUGCUAUACUGAACGGUAUUGUUGGUGCUUUUGCUUUUUUCUGUGCACUUGAAUGUUUUAACCUUUGUUGUUAA